ACAGUUCCAACAUCUUAGCGCACGCUAAACUUCCAAUGGCAUUCAGGUCGACUCGUUUCGUCUCUCUGUUGAAGACUGCUACUUCAGUCAUUCGCUCUCGCUCCUUGCGCUUACACGAAUCCGUCUCAAAACACGGCCCUGUCAUCUUCGCAUCAAUCGCAACCGCCACGACCGUCGUCUCCUUCUCAUUUUGUGUCUCACGCGAGAAAUCCGUUCGCCUUUCGUUUCUAAUUCCGCGCGUGAAUGCGUCGGACGGAAGAGAGGCGUCAGACGGGACGAAACGACGUCGGAGCUAUCGAGAGACGAGAUUUCGGGAGUUUGCUUCGUGCGAGUUCAGAGGGGAGAGGUUUAUGACGCCGCGCGAUUUUCUGGAGUCUCUGGCUAAUGAGGAGCCGGCAGCUCGAAUUGGAGUUAGAAAACUGGAUGAAGAGCAAGUCGAGUUAAUGCUAAAACAGACCCCGCCUUUAAAGCAGAAGUCGUCCGAUCUCUUCAGGAAGAUCUACGAAAAUGGACUGGUAUCAUACCCUGAGUAUCUAUUUCUCAUAACGGCUCUGACCAAACCGAGACGGCAAUUUCAGAUCGCAUUUCUGAUGUUUGAUCAGGACGGCAAUGGGAUUGUCGACAAGGAUGAAUUUCAAGCGAUACAACGAGUUGUAAGCAAAGAUGGAGCACACAAGAAUGAACAUUUCGUAAGAACUAGUCUUUUGGUCCACUUUUUUGGGCUCAAGGGGCAUGGGAAACUGGAUUAUCCGUCAUUUGCAAAUUUUAUUGACAAUUUACAAGAGGAAGUUUUAUUUAUGCAAUUUCAGGAAGUAUCUCAUGGUUUGCCGAAGCUCUCUGAGGUCCAGUUUGCUCAGCUUCUGAUUCAAGAUUCGAGACUCAAAGACGACGAGAAGCGGGACUACUUGUCUAAAGCCAAACAACGAGUCCAGACUAAUUCUGGAAUCACGUUUCCACAAUUUCUCGAGUUCAACGAUUUUCUGAACGAUCUCGAUGAUUUUAUCGUCGCGUUACGAUUGUACACAUUUGCGAAACAGCCGGUUACACAAGAAGAGUUUCAGCGUGCUGCUAAGGCAUCAAUGGGGAGCUACCUCGAUCCUCACGUCGUCAAUGUUGUCUUCGAAAUAUUCGACAACGAUGGUGACGGCCGACUGAGUCAAGAAGAGUUUAUUGAAGUAAUGCAGGGAAGGGUGAGGCGAAAAUUUAAGUCACGUGAUACGGCAAUUGUAAAAGACUGGAGUAGUUUCAAGGUGUGCUUGAGGAAUGAAAUGAAGGGAGAGUAACGGUGGGAUCAUCAGACAUUGGUGCAGGUAGUUGUGAACGUUCGAAGUGUCAUGUUCAUGUAUUUUGUGUAUAGCUUGCAGUUUAGGUCUUUACUAUUUUAUUGCAUUGCAAUAGAGAAUUAUUAUGUAGCUUGUUAUAGAAAGUUGGGCAUUAUUGUGGAA